AUGAAGAAGCUCUUCACGGGUCUCUCACCUUUCCCCAUGCGCCGUUGCAUCUCUCCAGCUUGCCCGGCGGCGGUGCUGGCGGAGUGUCAGAGGCACUGGCAGGCGCAGCUGCGCGGAUGGAGCAAGGGGGGGGACUGCGCGCAGGUGGAGGGCGUGCGCUGCAAUGCGACAGGCUUCAUCGUCUCCCUGGAAGUGAGUGGCAAGCAGUUGGAGGGACCCAUUCCAGAUGCCAUUGGGAACCUCACCACACUCACCGAACUGCAACUUUCAAGCACCAAGCUCACAGGGUCCCUUCCAGCCACACUGCUUCGCCUCACCCGCUUAGAAGACCUGACUCUCAGUUUCAACACUUUGUCAGGCUCCAUCCCAGAAGCCAUUGCUGACCUGACAGCCCUCUCACGCCUGAAUCUUGGAACUAACAAGAUAAAGGGCUCAAUCCCGUUGGCCAUAUUCCACCUCACCAACCUCGCCUUGUUAGACCUUCAAUGGAAUGUGUUUUCAGGCUCCAUUCCAGCAGCAAUUGCCAACCUCACUCUUCUCUCCUACCUGUCACUUGGCGGCAACAGGCUCACUGGCACAAUCCCUUCAUCCCUCUUCCGCCUCACCAAUCUUGCCAUGUUAGAGCUCCGGUGGAAUCAGCUGUCGGGCUCCAUUCCUGCAGCCAUCUCUCACCUCGCUGCCCUCUCACGCCUAGACCUCAGCUUUAACAUCUUCCUAACAGGCUCCAUUCCCCUUGAGAUGAAGAGCCUCGCCAAGCUCCAAUUGCUGUACCUCAGCUAUAUGGGUCUAUCGGGCCCCUUUCCCUCCUGGAUCUCUGGGCGCACCAUUCUCAGAAAACUGGAGGCUGCACACAACAGCAUCAGUGGCAUCAUACCGGACUCCAUCGGCAGUACCAUCAACCUUCAAGUCUUCUCUGUGUGGAAGAACAACUUGACAGGCAGCAUUCCUGAGUCCAUUGGCAGCCUCACCAAGCUCAGCACCCUGGACCUGUCAGACAACCAGUUUGAGGGAACCAUCCCAGAGGGCAUUGGCAACAUGAAGGAUAUUCGAAAAUU